UCCGCCGGCAGGAGGUCAAUUUCCCCCCUUCGCUAGGUGGCGGUAAUGCGCCUGAAUGUUGGUUGCAAAACGCCAUUCAAACAAGACAAGGAGCAAGCUUCCGGCUUUCGGAGGUGUUCAGUUUGACUUUCCAGGAUGAUGGUUAUCCACGCAGUGAGGCUUCAUUGGCUGAGAGAGAGCCAUGUGUGUGGCAGAUGGUCCAGGUCCUCAAGGAUGUGGCAAAGACAGAUGAAUGACAGCGUUUACACCAAGGUGGACUUUGACCAGGAGGAAACCAAGGCCAAGCUGCUGGGCUUCCCUGGAGGUUCUGUUGAUCUUUGCAAACAGGAGUGUGGCAUUGCCAUCCUCACAAUCAACAACCCUUCCCACAUGAAUGCCUUCACCGGUGCUAUGAUGGUGCAGCUGGAGGAAAAAGUCAGCCAACUGGAGCAGUGGUCAGAUGGAAAAGGCCUCAUACUUCAGGGUGCUGCGGGAACUUUCUGUUCCGGAUCAGACCUUAAUGCUGUCAAAGCGUUAUCCAAACGCCAAGAUGGCACGGAGAUGUGUAUGUUUAUGCAGAAUGUUCUAACAAGACUUCUCAGAUUGAUGGCACCUGGCAGUGUGAUCCAGUUUGUCCACAAACACAUGGGUUUGGUCCCAGGCUGGGGCGGAGCCGCUCGACUCGUCCGUCUCGUCGGAAGCCAAACGUCCCUCAAGUUGCUCUGCGGUGCGACAAAAGUGGAGCCUCAAUUUGGCGUCCAGAUUGGGCUGGCGGACGGAGUGCUUGAAGAGACUCGGGUAGAGGAAGGUGUGGGGACUGUCCAUCAGCAGGCUGAAAAGUGGCUCAGUCGCUACACGACAGGGCCUCCCGCAGUCGUCCAGGCUAUUAAAAAGGUUGCCUUGUCAGGGAGAGAGCUCCAUCUAGUGGACGCUCUGAGGACUGAGAAGGACGUCCUGGCUUCUGUUUGGGGAGGACCGGCCAACCUGCAGGCACUCGCCACAAAGUCCAAACACAAGUGAGCGAGCGAGCAAGCGAGCGCAUUAUAGUCACUCAUCAUUUUCCCUCUGCCAAGAAAAAGACGAGACCACGCUAGAACGAUGAAAUGACCAUUUAUUAAUUUAAAAACAUAAAAAAAUGCCAAGCGAAAACUGUUAGCAAAAAAUGCAUUCCCAACGGAGAUAACCCAAGCAUGUAGAAUAAAAGUUGAAACUUUGUGAUUUGGAAUGGCAUCGUCAUCUCGCACGUUGCACAAAGCCAACAAGAGCCUUUUGCCUGGUGAAACAAAAUCUCUCUCUCUCUCUCUCUUCAAACAUGCACCAGUUUGACUUCAUUUUAGCUCCACGCCGGUGAAGAUUUCAAGAUCUGAACAAUUUGCACUUGACAGAUGGAAUGCUGAUAUCAAAAGUCAAUGGGCAAUAAAAUCAUUAAUUCAGUAGCCUUUA